UUUUAAGUAGCGGUCCAAAUUCCUUGGCAUAUGUUAUCCGUCUAUUUGGCCACUUUCUACUCACUCCAGCCGCUUCUGAAGCCUGGUAGAAGCUAGCUGAGUUUGCCGAAACCGUCAACGAAAGUUUCAAAAGCGGACUUACCAGACUGUAAGUAACCAUGGCUUCUGACGACUGGGACUAUAGCUAUUGCAAGAGAGGCUGCGUCUAUACCCUAGCGUUCGUCCCGGUCUUGGGCGCCAUUGGACUGAUUGUCGCUGGCGUCGUGGUGGCCAGGCCCGCCCUGACGGCUCUUCGCCUCCGAGAGGCCGUGUGCACGGUAACGAACUCCACCCUAGGCGCGGACGUGACCUGCAAAUGCCCGCUGGGCAGGAACUGCCGGUCAACUUUUCCGUGCUUACAGAUCGGCGUGCUGUAUUCUGACGAGAAAGGAAGUAACGGUACGACUAGCGGAAGUCCCGAAAUGGGGCAAACGAAGCCUCAUAACACAACAAGCCACAGAAGUCUACUGGUGAACACUCAGGACUUGUUUGGGCGGACGCCACCGUGUGCCGUUCGGCCGUGUGACAAGUCAGCUCACGACAACGUGGAGGACGUGUUGGCCUAUCAGGAGUCCUGGGGGACUGCGGGCCAGCGGUUCCCCUGCUUCUACGAUCCCGCCAGCGACGCGGAGGUCUCCCGUGCCGUGGUCUUCGGCGACAGGUGGGCGGUGUUCCACGCGCUGUUCUGGCCGCUGCUGGUGAUUUUUCUCGGCCUGGCGGCGGCGUACUUCAUCUGUUACCGGUUCCACUGCUGGUGUGAUGACGGCACCUGGGAGGAUUAGUACAGUAGCCGAUAGGUACAAGUUGCACUGUUACCGAUUCCGCUGUUGGUGCGACGACGGCACCUUGAAUGAUUGUAGAACAGAACCUACCGUAGCCGAUAGGUACUGGUGAUUUUUCUAAGCCUGGCGGCAGCGUACUUCCUCUGUUACCGGUUCCACUGUUGGUGCGAUGACGGUACCUGGGAGGAUUAGUGC